AUGCAAUACAUCAAAAUACAUAAUUACGACGCUCCCCUCGAGAUGGUGGCAAAAAGAGACAGUGGUUACUAUAAAUGUGAUUCAUGUUUUGGGAGCGUUCAUAAGGAUUGUGUCAAUUUAACAUCUUCGGAAGUGCGAUGUAUGCCACUACAGAAGAGGGUUCUUUUGUUGAUUUGUGAUGAAUGCAAGCAAUUAAUAGCAAGAAUGCCCUAUAUGGUGAAAAUGAUGGAGGAAAUUAAAAGAGAAUUAGCAGAUUUGAAAUCAAACUACAGAAAAGACACCUAUGCAAAAGUGUUAAAAAAUACAACAUCCGCGCCGGAUUCCAUUAAUAAGCCUAGUCUGCAUACCAUAAUAAUUAGGCAUACAAGCCAACAAAAUAUAGGAAAGAAUAAAGAGGAGGUGUAA